UCCGGGUAUAAAGGCGGGGGUCAGCCCCCAGCCUGGGCACUGUCAGCAGCUCCCAGCGACAGCCAAGGACCCCCAAGCCAGCCCUACGCAAGUAUGUCUAUCCAGAAGAUCCACGCUCGCGAGAUCCUCGACUCCCGGGGGAACCCCACGGUGGAAGUUGACUUGGAGACAGCCAAGGGCCACUUCCGGGCUGCCGUGCCCAGCGGUGCCUCAACCGGCAUCUACGAGGCCCUGGAACUCCGUGAUGGGGACAAGAGCAGGUACCUGGGCAAAGGGGUGUUGAAAGCCGUGGAUCACAUCAACAAGACCAUCGCCCCCACCCUGAUCGAGAAGAAGCUGAGCGUUGUGGAGCAAGAGAAAAUCGACAAGAUGAUGCUGGAGAUGGAUGGGACAGAGAACAAAUCCAAGUUUGGGGCCAAUGCCAUCCUGGGCGUCUCCCUCGCCGUCUGCAAGGCGGGUGCUGCUGAGAAGGGCGUCCCCCUCUACCGACACAUCGCAGAUCUGGCUGGCAACAAGGACCUUAUCCUGCCCGUGCCCGCCUUCAACGUGAUCAACGGAGGCUCCCACGCCGGGAACAAGCUGGCCAUGCAGGAGUUCAUGAUCCUGCCCGUGGGCGCCAGCACCUUCAAGGAGGCCAUGCGGAUCGGGGCCGAGGUCUACCACAACCUGAAGGCCGUCAUCAAGAGCAAGUACGGGAAGGACGCCACCAACGUGGGCGACGAGGGCGGGUUCGCCCCCAACAUCCUGGAGAACAACGAAGCCCUGGAGCUCCUCAAGAGUGCCAUCGAGAAGGCCGGCUACCCGGACAAAGUGGUCAUUGGCAUGGAUGUGGCGGCCUCCGAGUUCUUCCGCAAGGGCAAAUACGACCUGGAUUUCAAGUCCCCCGACGACCCCAACCGCUACAUCUCCGGCGAGAAGCUGGGGGAGCUUUACCAGAGUUUCAUCAAGAACUACCCUGUCGUCUCCAUCGAGGACCCCUUUGACCAGGACGACUGGGAGACGUGGUCCAAGUUCCUGACGCAGGUGCAGAUCCAGAUUGUGGGCGACGACUUGACGGUCACCAACCCCAAGCGCAUCCAGCAGGCCGUGGAGAAGAAGGCCUGCAACUGCCUCCUGCUCAAGGUCAACCAGAUCGGCUCCGUCACAGAGUCCAUCCAGGCCUGCAAGCUGGCCCAGAGCAACGGCUGGGGGGUCAUGGUGAGCCACCGCUCCGGGGAGACCGAGGACACCUUCAUCGCCGACUUGGUUGUGGGUCUCUGCACAGGGCAGAUCAAGACUGGAGCUCCCUGCCGCUCCGAGCGUCUGGCCAAGUAUAACCAGCUGAUGAGGAUCGAGGAGCAGCUGGGAGACAAAGCAGUGUUUGCCGGCCGCAAAUUCCGCCACCCUCUGGCCAAGUAAAAGCAGCGCCUGGCCCACAGCCCCACCCCAGGGGGGAGCAAGGGAACCCCAGGGAGAAAGUGACAAGAGACCGACCCACCUGCUCUCCUCUCCACCCCCUCCCCCACUGGCCAGGGCUGGCUGGAUCCCCUCAUUUCCCCCUUCCGGGUCCUGGGCAAAGGACCUGGCGGCGCAGCUGAGGAGCCUCUGCUCUGCCAUCCCAUCUCGGGGCAGCGAAUAAACAAGGCCGUUGUGCCAGAGCAA